UCAGGUUGAAAUUAGUUAAGCUAUCCUAUUCUUUCUGUCAUCUGUUCAUCUCUCUCUCACACACAUUCAGAAUUGCAUAACUUCAUUUAGAAACUCCAAAAACAGUGCAUAUAAUCAUGGCUUCAGUCAGCAUGUCAGCUUCUUUCCUUGGUGGUGCCGCUACUCGCUCUCCUGCAGUCGCCUCUCACCGGAGGCUUGUCAUCACCAACAGUGUUAAACCCAACACUGUGAAUGUCAGUUGUGAGAACAAACAAGAGGGCAGCAGUAAUGGCAGGAGAGAGAUCAUGUUUGCUGCUGCAGCUGCUGCCAUUGCUUCUGUUGCUGGUGUUGCGGUCGCUCAGGAGCCGAAACGUGGAACCCCAGAAGCUAGGAAGGCCUAUGCUUCUGUUUGUGUCGCCAAUCCAACUGCUAAAAUCUGCCAUAACUGAAAAUCAUGCAGUUUCUAGUUACUGUUCUGCAUUUGAAUUAUCAUGAUGAAUAUGAUCUUGAUUAUGUAAUUUAUUUCUUGAUGCUUAAUUGAGAAUCCUGCUUUAUUGAUA